CGCACGCCGGCGGCCGUGGUAUCGCCCAAGGCGGAAGGGGCUCCUGGACAGAACUCGUUCGCUGGCGCAGAGAUGGCUGCGGGCGUCCCCUGCGCGCUAGUCACCAGCUGCUCAUCCACCUUUUCCGCAGACCGGCUAGUACAGCAUAUCCUUGGAACAGAAGAUCUUAUUGUGGAAGUGACUGCCAAUGAUGCCGUGAGGUUUUAUCCCUGGACUAUUGAUAAUAAAUACUAUUCAGCAGAUAUCAAUCUAUGUGUGGUGCCAAACAAAUUUCUCGUCACUGCAGAGAUUGCAGAGUCUGUUCAAGCAUUUGUGGUUUACUUUGACAGCACACAAAAAUCUGGUCUCAAUAGUGUUUCCUCCUGGCUUCCACUGGCAGAAGCAUGGUUACCUGAGGUGAUGAUCUUGGUUUGCGAUAGAGUGUCUGAAAAUGGUGUAAACCGACAGGAGGCUCAAGAGUGGUGUAUCAAACAUGGCUUUGAAUUAGUAGAACUUAGUCCAGAAGAGUUGCCUGAGGAGGAUGAUGACUUCCCAGAAUCUACAGGAGUAAAGCGAAUUGUUCAAGCCUUGAAUGCCAAUGUCUGGUCCAAUGUAGUGAUGAAGAAUGAUAGGAACCAAGGCUUUAACCUUCUCAGCUCAUUGGCUGGAGCAAACCAUAGCACUGGAUCAGCAGAGGCCUGCCACUCAGAGCAACCCCAGUUGCCAGCAGCAGAGAGGACUGAACCCCUCUUGGAUAAUCGAGGUGGUGCAUCUAAUACAACAGACACUCAGGUCGAUAGCAUCGUGGAUCCCACGUUAGACCUGGAUAUUCAAGAACUAGCCAGUCUUACUACAGGCGGAGGAGAUUUGGAGAAUUUUGAAAGACUAUUUUCAAAGUUAAAAGAAAUGAAAGACAAGGCUGCGACGCUUCCUCACGAGCAAAGAAAGUUGCAUGCAGAAAAGGUGGCCAAAGCUUUCUGGAUGGCAAUUGGGGGAGACAGAGAUGAAAUUGAAGGCCUUUCAUCUGAUGAAGAACACUAAAUUAUUCAUGCUAGGGUUUGACUAACAAAGACCCUAGCUCUCUCUACCUGAGAUACUUCCCUACUCGACCCAGUCAUCUUUUCCUGAACUCCUCAUCAUCAUGUUGGCCACCUGACUUGUUUAUAGGUUCCCGUGAAUUUUAGUUUUUAGUAGGGGGUAAAGCAGAAAUCUCUUCUCCCUCAGAAUGUCGUAAGGGAGUGAGAAUGACAAUAAGGAGUGAGAAAUUCUCAAAUACACUUUUUUGCUCUAGGAACAGGAGUGGAAUGAGGCUCAAAGGCCUGUGUGAUAUGCCUAAGUUAAAGAAGAAGAACCACCAAGCCAUUCCUAGUCAGUCUUUUAAGCAGCAUUCCCCGCGUUCACACUUGAUCACUGCAGAUCGGGAGCUUGUGCCACCUUUCCUGGGUUCUGGAUUUUUUCUGUCAAGGAACUUGCUGCUCUGAGGUUUGAUGCUUUUGAUGGGAGGAAAGAUUUAAUUUGUGCUGUAGUAUAGACUAUGUGCCAAAGCCACUGGCCCUCAGGUUAGGCUCUAGCUAAAAAAAAAAAAAAAAAAAAAAAAAAAUGCAUCUGGGCAUUUCAUUUGAAAUAUAGUAUCUGAGCUCAUGCUAGAAAGUAUUGAGAAACCAUUGUGAAGUUUUAGACUGUAAUAAAUGAUUCAAGGGUUUCCCACUCUGGUAGGGAUAAAAUAAACCCUUCUCUACCAAGUUGUGGGUCUCUUGGUAUGCGUGUGUAAGAGGGAGAGAAGCUUAAGGAAUUCCCUCUAUAGGCCACUGAAACGGUAUGAUCAUAUCCUGAGAUUUUUGCAUUAGUGUUACCGUGGAGAAAGUUUUCUUUCUUAGAGUUCGCUACUUGAAAUGGCAGAGCUGUGUUGUCACAACUCAUACCCUCAAAACAAGGCAAGUUUCCUUUUCUCUUUCUGAAAGCCAGAGAUCACUGCCAAAAUAGUAACCCUAAGGAGUGGGCGUGGUGGGAAAGGAUAUGAAAUGUUAGGCAGUGAAUCCCUGAGUACCUUGUGUUACUUCCAGGGCUGGGUGGGUCAGCUCUAGGGGAACUGAUCACCAAGGGGCAAGUUUCCAGAGGAAGAGUGGGAAAUACAGCAAAUGUAAUCCUUAUUUCUGUUUCCGUAGGCACUUCAUAAUGCAUGUCAUGAGUCUUCACUGUGGUAGUCACUGCCUUGGCUCUAAACUGGCUCAGGGCACAUGGCCUGAGAACUGCUGCUGGCCUAGUGUGGGUAGGAACCUCUUAGGUCACCAGCAGAAACAAGUUUCAGACACCUUUGUGCAACACCUUCUAAGCACUGCAGAACCUGACAGAUGGCAGAAUGACUGGAAUGCUCCAGGUUCCGGGCCAGGGCGACUUCAGGAGGGAAGGUUUCACUGAUUGGAGCCAUUCCAGGGAACACUGGAGGCUAUCUCGCUUGAUACUGUUUUUCUUUUUCUUUCUUUUCUUUUUUCUUUUCACUGUCCUGAAGGUCUUUGAGACUGUAGUUUACCAUCAUUCCAUCAGUGUUUCUUUGAGGUGACUGCAUCAGCCAUUGACUGGGAAUAUAAGGGAAGCUGGCUCUGGGGUUGCAAGAUGACAGGUGGAACAUAUUUUUCUUAAAACAUGGAAGGUUUUGGAAAAUAAAUUAGGUCACGUGGUUAGGGAAAACACUAGAAAAAGCUGUGAACUUGAUUUUGUGGAUUAAACAAAGCCAGGUGAUUAAAUUGUGAUUUAUUUAUAAAGUCUGCUUAUGUGUAUUUUUAUGAUUUUGUUGGUUUUUUGAGGGGGGGGAAGCCUUCCUUUAUUGGAUUAGGCAUAAACAGCAGAUAAUCUAAGAGUCUGUCAAACUCACUCUUUUAGAAUCCACCAUUUAUAUGUAUAAUAUCAAGUCAUGUUGUCAAGAUCUCAGCUAUCUGGGGGUAUUGGCCCCUUCUAGGGGAGAUGUGAGAUUAAAGUGUCCAGUGGUAUCUACUAAAGGCCCAUUUUAAGAAGAGUGAUCAUGAGUUAAUAGUGUAAUAAAAAUUGCAUUCUAUCUAAAGUGACCUAUGUACAUGCCACCAUAAGUUAUUAUGGACUGUCCCUCUGGGAUUUAAAACAAGAACCUCGGCUUUUUUUUUUCCUUAAACAUUUUUCUAUUUGUGUAACAUCGUGUCUGGCACAUAGUGGGCACUUAAAGCUGGUUUGGACUUGCAUUCAAUAGUUUUGAUGAACAUGAUCCUAAAGUUUUUAAGGUCCAUGAGUGUUGGGAGGUAGGGAGAGACAAGAAUAAACUUUUUAUUUCCCUGAGAAAAUCAUAUGUUAUGUAAUAAUUUUAGAGUGAUGAAGACAUAGAUAUUUUUAUAAUUUUAAGAUAUGUUAUCCUGCCAGAAUAUGAGAAGAUUGACAGAACCAGUUUGCUUGCUCUCUAUUUAUAGAACUUGGCCACAUCGAAUUCAGAGAAGCUGGAGAUUCAGGGACGCUAGACUUAGAUGGCUGAGUAAUAUGGGAUGUGGUUCAAGGACCAUAGAGCGUGUCAAGCCAUUACUGCAAACUACUUAUAACAAAGGAAAUGUGAUCUAUUGCUAACUUCGUGUUCCUACCAUGGAGAGGUGAGGAUAAACAUUUUUGCCGUGGCCUGUCAGAUUCCCUUAACCUUGGGUCAGUCUCUUGACAAUGGCCAUCGAGAGAGCACAUGGAGUGCCCCUUGCCCUGCCUUGGCCUGCCGUGGAAAAACAGUCUUUGAAGAAUCACUGUCGAAGGGUAAGAUGAGAGCUCCCUGAACUAUUCUGAGCUGGAGUGUUUGCUGAUACAAAGCUAAAUUUAGCCAACAUGUGUCCAGUGUGGUCAGAGGUUUGAUUCAUUGAACGUUCUGACUGAUGGAGACCGAGAAUGCUGGAUGAGUUAAGAGCUGCCUUUCACCUCCGACCCAAAAAGCUUUAAAAUAGGCAAGACAGUUUAGCUACAGCAUUCUAUCAUUAAAUACCCAUCUCAUAGAGGACUGUAGGCAGAGAAUGUGUGAAAAAUCAGGUCAAGUGUACCCCCUUAGUAAAAGAUUUAAAAACAACGCCCUAACAAUUAACUUGCCCAUAAUUUGUAUGUUCCUAAAAGCAUCAUGCUGACAGUGCAGGGCAAAGUUCUAGUUUUGAUUUAGAUUCCACUUGAGGUUUAGUUUAGUGAUCCAUUCUUGCCCCUUUGGCAUGUAAGCUCUUGCAGAAAGAGUCUUAGACGUUUUCUAAGUUUUAUAUUUUGGGCAUUACCUAUGCCUGUUAUUAACAUCACCAGCCUUGCUCUUAAUGUAGGUGUCUUUGUCAGAGUUAAGUGUGUGUUACAGUUCCUCUAGUAUAGGAAUUAUCUUUCUCGAUUCUGAGGUGUUUCUUUGAUUUGCAGAAUGAAGAAUUGAAAAGAGAGGGCUUCCCUGGUGGCGCAGUGGUUGAGAGUCCGCCUGCCGAUGCAGGGGACACAGGUUCGUGCCCCGGUCCGGGAAGAUCCCACAUGCCGCGGAGCGGCUGGGCCCGCGGGCCAUGGCUGUUGAGACUGCGUGUCCGGAGCCUGUGCUCCGCAACGGGAGAGGCCACGGCAGUGAGAGGCCCGCAACAGCGUGAUCUUUUGUUGGAACAUUACUGAGCCCUGGUCCAGCUCUAAAUGAUGUGCUGUUCUACUUUGUUUCCUGUUGGAAAAGUAUUGAUUCAAAAUCUGGAUCUAAUGGUUAUAACUAACUGCAUCUUUAGAACACAGGUGGCUUUAAUGCUACAAAAUGUAGGCUGAGUGAGGCCUGGGGUAGGAACUUUAUGGAAACAGCAGCAUAAUUUAGGGGAGAAGAGUCUGUUCCUUUGAAGCCCAAGGACAUGGUCUGCAUCAAUCCUGUUGUUCCAGGAAAUCUCAGGAAGUCAUUAAUGGUGUUAGAAGGCCUCAAACUCGAAGUUAGGGACGAGCAACUGCAACCUGUUCCUUUAUCCUGGUGAGAGCUGAAAUGAGGACUCAGUGCAGCCAACACUGGCUGGGACCCUUCUUGGUGACAGGCUGUGCUGGCCGUGGCCGAGCCUGCAGACUUAGGAGCUAAGUUAUGUGAGCUGGAGAGUGUGGAAAACCUGCUUCUUUCGGAACCUGAAACCUACCUCCAUUGCCUGUGGCAAGAUUAAUCCGGUGGCGUCCACUACUUGCCAAAGGCUCUCCAAUACAAGGGAAAUGAACGCGAAGUAACAACACGGAGACAGCGUCGCUGGGACUUGUGCAGCGCUGGGAGACGUGCCAACUGGAAGACCUGACACCUUCACGUGCCUGACCCGGAGGCUCCCGCUAGCUCCCGCUAUCCCUGCAGGACUGGCUGGCACCACGUGUUACCCUCGGGAGUCCUGCCCAGAACAGCCUAGUUGCAACAGCAGCACUGAGGGUGAAUGAAGGCUUCCUGGAGGAAGAUGUCUCCAUCCCUCUGUACAGUUCUCACCCCUAGGAAGGGAGAGGGGCUUGGUUCGAGGUCCCCCACGUAAGGGCCUGUAUUUGACUCCGAGCUGCCUGUGUCCCAUGCUGCCACGUGGGGAGCCAGCCUGGCUCGGUCGUUCAGGUGCUGAGCCCAAAAGCCACUGCACCCUCUACCAGGGUUUGAAACUGGCUGUGCCCCGUCUCCUCCUAGCCACUGUCCUUGGGAGGAGAGCCUUUUCCAACUUUCUUCAAAAAAUUAAAUAGUCAUCUGUC